AUUCAAUAACAAGAAGUUGAAGAGGAAGUGGCCCUUAAGUUCCCCAGCAACAAGAAGAGUGUUGUUGCAACAGUGAUGCUUCUUGCUGAUAUUACCAUCACCUGUCACGUAGAAAAUUCAUUGUCACGAAGAAAAGCUAAGAAGUAGCGAUAGUAAUGAACACCAGAGACGAAGAGACUCGGUUGAGGAGGAGGAAGAAGCAACCUGAGGAAGAGGUGGCCACGGAGUUGUUACCUCCUCACCAUGAAGGAGCAAUCCAGGACAGUGGGAGUGAAAAACCAACCACAGUGGAUGAAGUGGAUCUGCUGCCCCAUACGUACUGGCUCACUCGAAUUGUCUACUUGCGCUUCAUUGCAUUUAUAUAUUUUGUUGCUUUCUUAGUUGCUUACCAUCAGAACAAGCAGCUUAUUGGAGACAAUGGCCUGUUACCUCUUAAGCUACAUAUGCAACAUCUUGCUAAAACAGUGGGCAAUGACUGGUGGAAGAGAAUCCAAGCUGCCCCAACACUGCUUUGGUUAGCUCAGCCAUGGGAUGAGGUUAACCCUUGGUUGGAUGGACUGGCAUUAUCAGGCCUGGUGACCUCCGGUGUAGUUAUCCUCUUGAGUGCUGCUAAUGUGUUUAUUAUGCUGCUGCUGUGGCUUCUCUACCACUCUCUUGUUGCUGUUGGGCAGAGAUGGUAUGGCUUUGGUUGGGAGUCGCAGCUUCUGGAGACAGGGUUACUUGGAGUCUGGGGUGUACCUUUACUAUCUCUUGCUGCCCUGCCACAAGCCACACCAUCUUCACCAGUCUUGAUAUGGGGUCUGCGCUGGCUCAUAUUCAGGAUUAUGCUUGGAGCAGGACUGAUCAAAGUUCGUGGUGAUCAGUGCUGGAUGGACCUCACUUGCAUGAAUUAUCACUAUCAGACCCAGCCAGUGCCCAAUCCUAUGGCAUACUACUUGCACAAGACUCCCGAGUGGGUACACAUGACAGAAACCUUUGGCAACCACAUUAUUGAACUGAUACUUCCAUUCUUCACCUUCUUGCCUAGAGCUUUUAGAAUGACUUGUGGGAUUGGUCAGAUUGCAUUCCAGGUCAUCCUCAUCAUCUCGGGAAACCUCAGUUUCCUCAACUGGCUUACUAUCGUCCCAAGCUUGGCUUACUUUGAUGACCGCUCCUUCUCAUUUUUUUUCUCAAAGGAAACUAAAAGAAAAGUAUACAGGCUUCAGAAACUAGAGAGAGAAUCUUCUCCCUUAGUUGAUGAAGGUUUAACAAGAAAGUGUGUAAACCUGAUACUUACACUGAUGAUUGGCUACCUUAGUUUGCCUGUGGUCUUGAAUCUACUGUCUUCCCGGCAAGCCAUGAACACCUCCUUUGAACCAUUCAGAAUUGUUAAUACUUAUGGAGCAUUUGGAAGUGUAACAAAGGAGCGAACAGAAGUCAUCUUUGAGGGUACACAUUCUUGGGACCCUGAUGCAGCUAAUGCUACUUGGCACGAGUAUGAGUUUAAAUGCAAACCUGGCAGGUUAGAUCGUGUGCCCUGCCUUAUUUCACCUUACCACUACCGCCUGGACUGGCUGAUGUGGUUUGCAGCAUUUCAGAGAUACGAACAGAAUCCCUGGCUUAUUCAUCUAGCUGGAAAGUUCCUGAUAAAUGACCAGGAAGCUUCAACUCUAAUUGCUCAUAAUCCAUUCCUUGGCCAAGAUCCUCCAAAAUUUGUGAGAGUUCUACACUACAAGUAUGAGUACACAGACUUGGGCAGUGAAGAUAAAAGCAACUGGUACAGGCGCAAAUUAAAAGGCACUUACCUUCCUCCUGUAGACAUAAGCAUGCUCCACCCAUUGUUUAAACAAAUGCUUUGGAAAACCCUUGAUGGCUACAAGUAGUAGUUUAAAUUUCCAUGGAAUAAAAUUUCUACAUUUUAUAAAUGAGCAAUGAGGAAAAGAAAUGCAGUUAAAGAUACCCCUUUUACAAACUAAAAAAUAAAAUAAACCUUUUUUUUUUUUUUUUUUUUUUUUUUUUAAUAUACAUCUUUAUUACAAAAUUAGGCAACAUUUACUUAAUACAUUUUGAAAAGGCCCUGGUUAUGCUGAACAUUACAGACUAUAGUGAACCAAAAACUGUUUGUCAUCAUGUAGUUGUAUAAUUGAAGUUUAGAUUAUGUGAAUGAUCAGCUUAAUAUACAGUAACUAAAUUGUCUGAGGAUAAGAUUAUUAAAUGUAUUAAUAAAUGUUAGGAAUAAAACUAUAUUUUUUUUUUUUUUUUCUCAACAAGUCGGCCGUCUCCCACCGAGGCAGGGUGACCCAAAAAAGAAAGAAAACCCCCAAAAAGAAAAUAUUUUCAUCAUCAUUCAACACUUUCACCACACUCACACAUUAUCACUGCUUUUGCAGAGGUGCUCAGAAUAUAACAGCUUAGAAGCAUAUACGUAUAAAGAUACACAACAUAUCCCUCCAAACUACCAAUAUCCCAAACCCCUCCUUUAAAGUGCAGGCAUUGUACUUCCCAUUUCCAGGACUCAAAUCCGACUAUAUGAACAUAGCCGGUUUCCCUGAAUCCCUUCACUAAAUAUUACCCUGCUCACACUCCAACAGAUCGUCAGGUCCCAAGUAUCAUUCGCCUCCAUUCACUCCUAUCUAACACGCUCAUGCACGCUUGCUGGAAAUCCAAGCCCCUAGCCCACAAAACCUCCUUUACCCCCUCUUUCCAACCCUUUCGAGGACGACCCCUACCAAUCCUUCCUUCCCCUAUAGAUUUUAUGCUUUCCAUGUCAUUCUACUUUGAUCCAUUCUCUCUAAAUGACCAAACCACCUCAACAACCCCUCUUCUGCCCUCUGACUAAUGCUUUUAUUAACUCCACACCUUCUCCUAAUUUCCACACUCCGAAUUUUCUGCAUAAUAUUUACACCACACAUUGCCCUUAGACAGGACAUCUCCACUGCCUCCAACCGUCUCCUCACUGCUGCAUUUACCACCCAAG